GCGCCCCCAGGACCCUCUGGUGGUGGUGGCUCUGGACGAGCAUCGUCCCAUGGGUGUCACCCUCAGAUGCAGCCUUGCAGGUGCCCCCAGUUUAGGGGGUGACAGGUGUCCCUUAGAAAAGAGGACAGUGGUAACAACUUUACUAAAGGCUGGUGGCAUUUUCCCAGUCCAGGGAGGGGACCAGGGAAGGACUUUGCAUCGGGGUGUGCUGGCACAUCCAUGCCACUGGGUCCAUGAGGGACAAGGGAUACCCAGCCAAGCCAGGAUGGAGCUGGUGAUGGGCACCUGUGGUUUAGGGUGACAACCACAGCCAGGAUGGGACAGGGUUCUUGUCCCAGUGCCUGGGAUGAGGAUGGCACUGGGUGCUAGCACCAUGCCAGUCCCUCCGGUUCCUCUUUCACCUUGCUGUAACCCAACUCCUGUCCCCAUAAAUAUUUCAUGAUGAAGGCUUGGAUUGCCAGCCUAAUGGAAGGCUGGAAGCAGAAAAAAAAAGACUAAAAACAGGUAAAAAUGUGAAAAUAGUAUUUUUUUUCCUCCUGGUGUGGUUCAGGCAUGAUGACCUCAAGGAGAUGCUCGACAGCAACAAGGAUUCACUCAAGCUGGAGGCCAUGAAGAGGAUUGUGGCGAUGAUUGCCCGUGGUAAAAACGCCUCCGAUCUCUUCCCAGCUGUGGUGAAAAACGUUGCCUGCAAGAACAUUGAGGUGAAGAAGCUGGUGUACGUGUACCUGGUGCGCUACGCAGAGGAGCAGCAGGAUCUGGCCCUGCUCUCCAUCUCCACCUUCCAGCGAGGACUCAAGGACCCCAACCAGCUGAUCCGUGCCAGCGCCCUGCGGGUCCUGUCCAGCAUCCGCGUGCCCAUCAUCGUGCCCAUCAUGAUGCUGGCCAUCAAGGAGGCCGCCUCGGACAUGUCCCCGUACGUGCGCAAGACAGCCGCCCACGCCAUCCCCAAGCUGUACAGCCUCGACUCAGACCAGAAGGACCAGCUCAUCGAAGUGAUCGAGAAGCUGCUGGCUGACAAAACCACACUGGUGGCUGGCAGCGUGGUGAUGGCAUUCGAGGAGGUUUGCCCAGAGCGCAUAGACCUCAUCCACAAGAACUACCGCAAGCUCUGCAACCUGCUCAUCGAUGUGGAGGAGUGGGGGCAGGUGGUCAUCAUCAACAUGCUGACCCGCUACGCCCGCACCCAGUUCCUCAGCCCCAACCAGAAUGGUCCCACCUGCCAGCAGGAGUCCUUGCUGGAGGAGAACACUGAGAAGGCUUUCUAUGGCUCUGAGGAGGAGGACGCCAAGGAUGCCAAGGCAGAGGCAGCCUCGCUGGCCAAGCGCAAGCCCUACGUCAUGGACCCCGACCACCGCCUCCUCCUGCGCAACACCAAGCCCCUGCUGCAGAGCCGCAACGCCGCAGUGGUGAUGGCCGUGGCACAGCUCUACUUCCACCUGGCACCCAAGGCAGAGGUUGGAGUCAUUGCCAAGGCGCUGGUACGGCUCCUGCGGAGUCACAGUGAGGUGCAGUAUGUCGUGCUACAGAAUGUGGCCACCAUGUCCAUCAAGCGGCGGGGGAUGUUUGAGCCCUAUCUGAAAAGUUUCUACAUCCGCUCAACGGACCCCACACAGAUUAAGAUCCUCAAGCUGGAGGUCCUCACCAACCUGGCCAAUGAGACCAACAUCUCCACCAUCCUGAGAGAGUUCCAGACCUACAUCCGCAGCAUGGACAAGGACUUUGUGGCGGCCACCAUCCAAGCCAUCGGGCGCUGUGCCACCAACAUCGGGAAGGUGCGGGACACCUGCCUCAAUGGCCUGGUCCAGCUGCUCUCCAACAGGGAUGAGCUGGUGGUGGCUGAAUCCGUGGUGGUCAUCAAAAAGCUGCUGCAGAUGCAGCCGGCCCAGCACAGCGAGAUCAUCAAGCACAUGGCCAAGCUCACUGACAACAUCCAGGUGCCAAUGGCGCGGGCCAGCAUCUUGUGGCUCAUUGGGGAGUACUGCGAGCACGUGCCCAAGAUCGCACCUGAUGUGCUGCGCAAGAUGGCCAAGUCCUUCACCAACGAGGAGGACAUUGUCAAGCUGCAGGUCAUCAAUCUGGCAGCUAAGCUCUACCUGACCAACUCCAAGCAGAGCAAGCUGCUGACCCAGUACGUCCUCAACUUGGCCAAGUACGACCAGAAUUAUGACAUCCGCGACCGGGCUCGCUUCAUCCGCCAGCUCAUCGUGCCCACUGAGAAGAGCGGGGCCCUCAAUAAAUACGCCAAGAAGCUCUUCCUGGCCCAAAAACCGGCUCCCAUCUUGGAGUCUUCUUUCAAAGAUCGGGACCAUUUCCAACUGGGCUCCCUGUCCCAUCUGCUCAAUGCUAAGGCUGUGGGCUACCAGGAGCUGCCUGACUGGCCAGACGAGGCCCCUGACCCCUCUGUGAGGAAUGUGGAGGUUCCUGAGUGGACCAAGUGCACCAGCCGGGAGAAGAGGAAGGAGAAAGUGGAGAAGCCUUUCUAUUCUGACUCAGAGGGCGAGUCAGGGCCCACGGAGUCGGCAGACAGUGAGCCCGAGUCCGGCAGCGAAGAGAACGGCAGCAGCAGCAGCUCUGGCAGCUCCAGCUCUGGCAGCGAGGAGGAAGAUGAGGAAGAGGAGGAGGAUGACAGCGGGGAGCAGUCAGAGGACAAGGAGGAGGAGGAGGAGGAGAAGAGGCCAAAGAGGAAGGACAAGGAAGGUUCCCAUAAGGCAGUCUUGGGGACUGCAGGCAGCCCCAGCGAGGAAGAGGAGGAGGAGGAAGGGGCAAAGAAGGCCAAGAAGAAGGCCCCUCAGGGGAGGAAAGGCCGUGCUGAAACCUCAUCAGAGGCCAGCACCUCCGAGAGCAGCUCCUCUGGCUCCGACUCGGGCUCCGAGGCAGAGGCCAAGCAGAGGAAGGCGCCCCCCAGCAGCAAGGCCAGCUCCAAGGAGAUCUCCCUGCUUGACCUGGAUGACUUCACUCCCCCUCCUCCCCAGCCCAUCCCCUCCAGCAGCAUUAUCUCCACCAGCCUUGUGACUGACCUGGAGGGCCUCACUCUCACUGACACCUCCCUGACACCCACCCUGCUGAGCCCGGCAUUCAGCGCGGUGAAGACCUAUGAGCUGCUGCACCGCAUGGCGGGCGAGGGGCUGGCGGUGGAGUACUGCUUCAGCCGCCGGCCCUUCCCCAGCGACCCCCACAUGGUGGCCGUGCAGAUCCAGAUCUCCAACAACACCGACACCGAGGUGAAGAACCUGCGGGUCAACGAACCCAAGCCACUGUCCGGCAUGAGGAUACAGGAGUUCCCUGAGAUCGAGCACCUGGCGCCAGGGGACACAGCCACCGUGGUGAUGGGCAUCGACUUCUGUGACUCCACCCAGGCGGCAAACUUCCAGCUGUGCACCCACACGCGCCAGUUCUACGUCUCCAUCCAGCCACCCGUGGGGGAGCUCAUGGCCCCUGUCUUCAUGAGCGAGAACGAGUUCAAGAAGGAGCAGGGGAAGCUGAUGGGCAUGAGUGAGAUCACAGAGAAGCUGUCGCUGCCUGAGAAAUGCCGAAGUGACCACACCAUCGUCCAGCAAGUGACCUCGGCUGCCAACGUGGGCCGCGUGCCCUGCGGUGCCAGCAAUGAGUACAGGUUUGCAGCCAAGACGGUGACAAGCGGGAGCCUGGUGCUCAUCACCCUGGAGCGGCGGGAGGGCUCCACGGCCCAGCUGACCAUCAACAGCGAGAAGAUGGUCAUCGGCACCAUGCUGGUGAAGGACAUCAUCCAGGCCCUGACACAGUGACAGCUGGGCUCUGCCGCACCUAUGGCCCUGCCCUCCCACCCCUUCUGCCCCGUGCUGCUCCCCAAAACACUCCCUUGCCCCUGUUUCUCCCAGGUUAUUCCCUGCCCCAAUCCCAAAAGGGGCGGCAGGCAGCAACCCUCGGGCCAGCUUUGCUGCUGGGCGGAAGGAGAAGGAUGCAGCAGAUGGGAUGCAGGGAAGUGUCCUACUCAGAAGGGCAGAAGCAGUUCCAGCCCCCAUGGAGCACAGUGUGGCCCCAGUCCCUCACUGUCAUCUCCCGAUGUAACCCUUAUUUAUUAUGUCCAGGAUCUCCCAAUAAAGCUCUUCUCCAACCUGU